ACGUGAAAUAAUAAACUAAUUGAAUCAAUUAUUAGUAAUCACCCCCGUCGUUGCAUUAAACCAUGUAAACUGGUGUAGUGUGGUAGUUCACGAGUGUGUCGACUCUUCUUUUCCAGAGAAGUCUUGCAAUGCUAAUAUACAAAAUAAAAAGUGCAAACAUUGCCGCGACGGUUGGUUUGGGGUCGUGGUCAAGAUAUGUUUUGGAGAUGGCGACGUUGUGACCAAACCAAUAAUCUCGCAGCGAAUUAGCGAUUCUAAUUUUAGAGUGUACAGCAACAAUAAGAACAAUUACCAAAACACAUACUAUAAGGGAGGCAAUCAACAACAACUAAACGUUCAGCUGCAGCAGCUGUCUGCAUGUGUGAGUGUCUAGCGCGUCCGUGUGUGUGUAGAAAGUGUGCACGUCAGGCGUUGGCUAGCCAUGUCCAGAAUUACAUUGACCACGUUAACACACGCAGGCGGUAUCAACAACAGCAUCAGCGAUAACAGCAACAACGAUACCCGCACAGGCACUCUGACCCAUCUUAUGGAAGAGCACCAGUCGAGGGCAGGAGCAGGAGCCGGAGCCACAACGCCUGCGGGCGGACUGAUAUCGGAUAAUGCGGAACGACUGCGACGCCAGGGCAGUCGAUUGCAAACCUCCCGCUUUGCCUGCCUACGAUGUUGCGGCAACUUUCUCACCUAUCUGGUGCGCUUGCGCAGCACGCCCGAAGAGCUCGAACAGCGCUACAAAUCCAAAGAGAUUGAUAAGUUUUUGGAGAAGGAGAAACAUACGUUUCGGCGCCAGGUGAAGCUGCUGCUAUUGGGUGCUGGGGAAUCGGGCAAGUCCACGUUCCUCAAGCAAAUGCGAAUCAUACACGGCGUCAAUUUUGAUUCCGAACUGCUGCGCGAAUACCAAUAUGUGAUAUACCAAAACGUUAUAAGAGGAAUGCAAGUACUGCUGGACGCUCGGGAAAAACUAGACAUCUCGUGGGGUAACGAUGGCCGCGAACAGGAUGCCAAUUAUGCCAAAUUAAUGGAAUGCAAUGCAAUAGAGGCACACAGAUUCAUGGAAUGUGCACCGCUUAUACGCCGCCUGUGGCAGGAUCGCGGCAUUAGGAGAGCCUACGAAAGACGGCGUGAAUUUCAAAUUAGCGAUUCCGUGUGCUAUUUCCUAGACGAAAUUGAGCGGCUGGCCAAACCGGAUUAUGUGCCCACGAACAAAGAUAUUUUGCACUGUCGCAAGGCAACCAAGGGUGUCUACGAGUUUUGUGUUAAAGUACAGAACAUUCCAUUUGUGUUUGUCGAUGUGGGUGGGCAACGGACGCAGCGCCAGAAGUGGACUAAAUGCUUCGAUACAUCCGUCACAUCAAUUAUAUUCCUUGUGUCUAGCUCAGAGUUCGACCAGGUGCUUGCAGAAGACAGAAAAACCAAUCGCCUUGAGGAAUCAAAGAACAUAUUCGAUACCAUUGUCAACAACAACACAUUCAAAGGCAUUUCAAUUAUAUUAUUUCUGAACAAAACGGAUUUGCUCGAACAGAAAGUACGCAAUCCAGAGACUGAUAUACGCUGGUACUAUCCACAAUUUAAUGGCAAUCCGCACUCACUUCUGGACGUCCAAAACUUCAUACUGCAAAUGUUCAUGAGCGUUCGACGCAGCAGCAGCACCAGUCGGAUCUACCAUCACUUCACAACUGCCAUAGAUACGCGCAACAUCAAUGUUGUGUUCAAUUCGGUGAAAGAUACGAUAUUGCAGCGUAAUUUAAAUGCCCUGAUGCUGCAGUAGCGCAGUCCAGAACCAGAACUAGAACCAGGGUUUCACGCGCCAGACUGACAAUCUUUUUAUAGUUAUAUGUACAGAAUAUAUAUGAAUACGAUAUGUCGUGUGUAUGUAUUGCACAUAUCCACAUAUAACGAACGCAAGUGCCAGCUGUCAGGAAAUGUAUAACUUUGUAAAGGGCCGCCCCACCCAAAAUUGUUGUUAACUUUUUAAAAUGGUUUAAUUAUUCAUUAAUUUUUGAUUAAAGGAAAUCUAUUAUUAUUUUUUUUUAGCACUUACAUGUAUUAUAAUGUACUCUAUUUAUGCACAACUGUAUAUAAAUUAUUUUGUAUGUGUUUGUAAUCGCUUCCUGCUCCUGCUAUCCAAACAGACUUCAACGCCAUAUGCACAUACAAUAUAAACUAACCAAAAACUGAUAAUACAUGCCUUCAUAUUUUGUGUAUCCAUGUAUUUAGGUUAAUUCCUCUAUGCCUUUUGCUACAAUAACUUUUUACAAGCGUACAUAUAACAUUUAUAGAAAAUAUAUACAUGUUUUUAUACCUACUACAUAUGUAUGUAUGUAUGUGUGUACGUACAUACAUAUGUACAUACAUAUAUACUCAAUUAGUCGAAAAUCUAAUAUGUUACACUAUAUAGAAAGUGAGAGAGAACGAGCCUAAUUUUAAGAAGCGCGCUUUCUCAUAGAGUAAAGUCAGCAACCAACAAAUGUACCAAUUAAAUAAAAACGAUCAAUAUUUAAUAAA